AUGAGCGCGCAUUCAUCGCUCGUCCGAGCGUCGCUUGGUGGAGUUACCGGUCAAACAAAGAGGAGUUCGUUUCUCGGCGAUGGUAAAGGCUCCAUGAGCGCGAGAGCGGCGGUGCGAAGACCGUCGACGGUGCAGAGCGCGUUUCCGGUGGUCGUCCCGUCGCCAAGAGAUUCGGCGUUGGCGGCGAGAAGAAAGGGUACGACUCCGAAAGCGGUGAGAGAGCCGGAGCAAUCGUCCAUGGCGUCUGCGUCGGAUAAGUUGGCGGAGUACGUCGCGAACAAAGGCGGUAAGAGAGUGAUUCGAAAAGUGCUCGUGGCGAACAACGGGAUGGCGGCGACCAAGGCUAUUUUGUCCAUGCGAAGAUGGGCGUACAACGAGUUGGGCGAUGAGAAUGCGAUUAAGUUUGUCGUCAUGGCCACGCCGGAAGAUAUCGGGGCGAACGCUGAGUUUAUUCGUUACGCGGAUGACUUUAUUGAAGUUCCGGGCGGCAAGAACGUGAACAACUACGCGAAUGUGGAUUUGAUCACGGAGAUUGCCGUGAGAGAAGGCGUGGACGGCGUCUGGCCCGGUUGGGGUCACGCCUCCGAGAACCCGAAGUUGCCGACAGCUUUGAAGAAGAACGGCAUCCAGUUCAUCGGUCCGACUGCACCGGUCAUGUCCGUGCUUGGCGAUAAGAUUGCGGCGAAUAUUCUCGCGCAAACAGCGAAAGUUCCGUCGAUCCCGUGGUCCGGCGACGGCUUGGUCGCAAACUUGACGCCGGAAGGUACAAUUCCACAAGAAACGUUCGAUAAAGCCAUGGUAACGACAGUCGAAGAGUGCGUCGCCGCGGCGGACAGGAUUGGUUUUCCGGUUAUGUUGAAAGCUUCUGAAGGUGGCGGUGGUAAAGGUAUCCGCAUGUCCGCCAACAAGGAAGAGUUGAUUGUUAACUUUGACCAAGUCAAGGCGGAAGUUCCGGGCUCACCGAUGUUUAUGAUGCAGUUGUGCACGGAAGCGAGACACUUGGAAGUUCAAAUCGUUGGCGAUGAACACGGUAACGCCGUGGCCUUUAACGGUCGCGAUUGCUCUACGCAAAGACGUUUCCAGAAGAUUUUCGAAGAAGGUCCGCCAAUCAUUGCCAAGCCGCAUAUUUUCCGCGAGAUGGAAAAAGCUGCGCAGAGAUUGACGCAAAACAUCGGCUACAUCGGUGCCGGUACGGUUGAAUACCUUUACAACGCCGCGACGGAUAAAUACUUCUUUUUGGAGUUGAAUCCGCGUUUGCAAGUUGAACACCCGGUAACGGAAGGUAUCACCGGUGUCAACAUGCCGGCGACGCAGUUGCAGGUCGCCAUGGGUAUCCCGCUUCAUAGAAUGCCAGACGUGAGACGAUUCUACGGAAGAGACGUGGACGGCACGGACACCAUCGACUUUUUGGAAGAAGAGUACAAGCCGAUUGAAAAUCACGUGAUCGCGGCGAGAAUUACGGCUGAAAACCCGGACGAAGGCUUUAAGCCGACUUCCGGCGGCAUUGAAAGAGUGCACUUCCAAUCGACCCCGACGGUUUGGGGUUACUUUUCUGUCGGCGCCAACGGUGGCGUCCACGAAUUCGCGGAUUCUCAGUUUGGUCACAUUUUUGCAUCGGGUAAGACGAGAGAAGAAGCGAGAAAAGCGUUGGUUUUGGCGUUGAAAGGUAUGGUCGUUCGCGGGGAGAUUCGCACGGCAGUUGAAUACCUCGUCAAGCUUUUAGAAACGCAAGCGUUCAAAGAGAACACCAUCGAUACCUCGUGGUUGGAUGGCUUGAUCAAAGAACGCUCGAUCGCGUUGGUGAACGAUCCGCACGCAAUUUGUCUCGGUGCUGCACUCUUCAGAGCAUUCAACCACUCGGAGCAAGAAGAGAAGACGUUUCUCUCCUCGUGGGAAAAAGGUCAAGUGUCGACGCAAGGCAUCUCGAAGUUGACGUCGUUUCCGGUUGAAAUCGCCUACGAAGAUACCAAGUACGAGUUCACGUGCACCAGAGUCGGUGCGGACGAAUACGAGAUGUCCAUUGGCGGUAAGAGUAUUUUGGCGAAGAUGUUUCGACGCAACGACGGCACGCUAGUUGCCAUUUACGGCGGCGUCACGCACGAGAUUGACGGUUUGGAAGAACCGUUGGGUUUGCGCAUGACUUUGGACAGCCAAACGUGGUUGUUGCCGACGUUAUUUGACCCGUCUGAGUUGAGAACGGAUGUCACCGGUAAACUUAUCCGCUUUUUGCAAGAGGACGGCGCGGAAGUCCAAGCCGGGAAGCCGUACGCCGAAGCCGAGGCGAUGAAGAUGGUCAUGCCGCUCAUCGCGCAAGAAUCCGGGAAGAUCUCGCACGCGAAAACCGCCGGCGCGGUGAUCAGUGCGGGUGAUUUACUCGCGAACCUCACUUUGAAGGAUCCGUCUAAAGUUAAGAAGAUUAUCAACUUUAACGGUGACUUCAGAAUGUCUACGGUGGAGGAACCGGCGGCCGCUGCGGAUGAGAAACUCACCUCGGCGGUUGACCGCGUGAACAAUCUUCUCGAUGGUUUUGGCGGUAAUGUUGACGAAGCUCUCACCAACUUGUACGCAGCUUUCACGGAACAAAACGAAAGUGAUGGACAAUCUCGAUGGGAAAAAGCCACUUCGAUCAUGGAAGGCAUCGUGCAGCGAUACUUGGACGUCGAGAGCGUCUUUGAAUCCAAGUCCAUGGAUGCCGUCAUGGCGACGUUGAUCAAGGGUAAAACCGGAGAUGCGUUGAAUCCAGUGUUGGCGCAAGUUCGCGCCCACUCCAAGUUAAAGGAACGAUCGAAACUCGUUUUGAACUUGCUCUUGCAAGCGCCAACUUUGCCACAAAGAGUCAUCGCGAGAGGACCGAUUUCGUGGGCGGACGAUCACGCUCCGAUCUCGGAUUCGUUCCAAGCCACCAUCAAGCGAUUAUCGAAGCUUCGAGGCGGUGAUUACGGGGAAGUUGCGCUUUCUGCGAACGCCAUCUUACAAGAGCGACGAUUGCCGUCACUUGAUAAGAGAGUCGCCGAGCUUCGCAAGCUUCUCGCCGGAAAGAAGAAGUUGUUGCGACCGUGGGGCGAGGCGGAAUCUGGCGAUUUGCAAGCGCUUGCGGAGUCGCCGACUUUAGCCGUCGAUUUGUUGCCGUCCUUGUUUGAAGACGACGACGAUAAGGUUCGCGAGAACGCGAUGAGUACUUACGCGCGCCGUGUUUAUCGCGCGCACAACAUUCUCGAAGUUUCCAAAGGCGAAACGGGGAACUCUAUGACGUGGAAGUUCAAGUUCCGCACGUAUCCGGAUGAUUCUCCUGUUCGAACCGGUUUGCUCGUCACCGCGAAGAAUAUCUCCGAAGUCGAACAAAACUUUGGCUCGUAUUUGGCGCAGUUGAAGGCUGCGCACGGUGACGCCAAGGGCCCGCCGGUGUUACAUAUUGCGCAAACCGAGCAGCCAGACGACGGCGAUUGGUCGUUGAAGAUGGACCAAGUCUGCGCAAAGCACAAGGAAGAAUUGAAAGCCUUGAACGUGAAAUUUGUCAACUGCUUGGUGUUUGAGAAGUUUGCGUUACCGGUCUACCGCACGUGGCACGUGAACAAGGACUACGCCGAAGAUCCGCUCUACAGAGGCGAGCGUCCGACGGUGUUGCACUUGCUCGAGCUCGUUCGAUUGGAGAACUACAAAUUGACGAGAAUACCGACGGUGAACAGAGACUUGCAUAUUUACGUGGGUGAUUUGGCCGCCGGUACGAGAGCGAAAGACAUGUUGUUGAGAAGACUCGCGCACAGCAAAGACACCAUGUCUGGCGGUUUGGAAAGAACUUUGAAUAAGGCUUUGGACGCGAUCGAUAUCGCGAGAAUGGAUUCAAAAGCGAAAGGAUGCAACUCCACUAGAAUUUACAUCAACUAUUUAUCUGAGGUUGAGGGCGACUUCACGAAGCAGGCGAACUUGUUGAAGGAGAAGGUUUCCGAAUACAUCGCCGCCAACUCCACUAGAUUGUUAAACUUGUCUGUCGAUGAGAUUGAACUUCGAUUCCGAGUGAGCAACGAAUUGACGCCGAUUCGCAUCAUGGGCACGUCCAUGUCCGGCAACUGGUUGAAGGUUGACAUGUACAGAGAGUACCUCGAACCGGUUUCUGGACGCGCCGAGCAAUUCUGCUUGAUUGGCGCGGAUGGUAACGAUGACGCGUGCUUCUUUGAGCCGUACCCGUCGGCGGGUCCGUUGCAAAACAAGAGAGCAAUUGCGAGAGCUAUCGGGACGACGUACAUUUAUGACUUCCUCGGCUUGAUUGAAAAAGCGAUGUUGUCCGCGUGGAGAAAGCAAAUCGCCUCUUUCGGCGCCGGUUCUGUUCCGCAAAACUUCUUCCAAGCUGAAGAGGCGGUCUUUGACGAAAGCACGAAGGAGUUGACGUGGACGAAGGAAGGCGUCCCGGGUCAAAAUAAAAUCGGUAUGGUUGCGUGGAGAUGCACGAUGAAGACGUGCGAAUACCCGGAAGGAAGAGAAGUAGUGUUUGUCGGGAACGAUUGCACCGUCAUGUCUGGUUCGUUUGGCGUCAAGGAGGACGACUUCUACUUUGCCGUCUCUCAAUACGCCAGAGAAAAUAACAUUCCGAGAGUCUUCUUGGCAUGUAACUCUGGCGCCCGAAUCGGUUUAGUCGAAGAGUUGAAGCCGUAUUUCAAAGUAGCGUGGAUUGACGAUGCCAACCCGGGUAUGGGCUUCAAGUACCUCUACCUCACCGAGGCGGACUAUAAGAACUUCCCGGAAGGCACGGUCAACGCGGAGAAAGUGAACGAAGGCGGCGAAACGCGAAUGAAGUUGACGGAUAUCAUCGGUCAAAUUCACGGCAUCGGCGUCGAAAACUUGAGAGGUUCUGGUAUGAUUGCCGGCGAGCAGUCCGCGGCGUACGAUCAAGCGUUUACCUUGUCAUACAUCUCCGGUCGAUCUGUUGGUAUCGGCGCUUACUUGAACAGAUUAGGUCAAAGAAACAUCCAAAUGAAGAACGGUCCGAUGAUUUUAACUGGCUACUUGGCCUUGAACAAGUUGCUCGGGAAAGAAGUGUACACUUCUCAAGACCAACUUGGCGGUCCACAAGUCAUGAUGCCGAACGGCGUCUCGCACUUGCAAGUCGAAGACGAUCAAGCCGGCGUCGAUGCCAUCAUCCGAUGGUUGUCGUACACGCCAAAGACGACCAUCGGAAUGGCGCCGGCGUUGCCGACGUCCGAUCCGGUGAAUCGCGCGAUUGAGUUUAUGCCGACGAAGACGCCGUACGAUCCGCGUCACAUGCUCGCCGGUACGACCAACCCGGAAACUGGUGACUACGUUUCUGGCUUUUUCGAUAAGGAUUCGUGGACCGAAACCUUACCGGACUGGGGUAAAUCCGUCGUCGUCGGCCGCGCUCGAUUAGGCGGCAUCCCGAUGGGUGUCAUCUCGGUCGAGACGCGCUUGAUGGAGCAACGCAUCCCGGCGGAUCCGGCGAACCCGGAAUCCCGUGAGGCUGUUUUAGCGCAAGCCGGUCAAGUUUGGUUUCCGGACUCUGCGCACAAAACGGCCACGGCGAUUCGAGAUUUCAAUAAAGGGGAAAACUUGCCGUUGAUCAUUUUUGCCAACUGGAGAGGCUUCUCCGGCGGUACGAGAGAUAUGUACGGCGAGAUUUUGAAAUUCGGGGCUAUGAUUGUAGACGAGUUGAGAGAGUACAAGCAACCGGUAUUCGUAUACAUCCCGCCGAACGGUGAAUUGAGAGGUGGCGCGUGGGUCGUCGUCGAUCCAACCAUCAACUUGAAGAAGAUGGAGAUGUUUGCCGACACGGAGUCUCGAGGUGGUAUCUUAGAACCGCCGGGAAUCUGCGAGGUCAAGUUCCGCCAAAAAGAUCAACUUCUGACCAUGCAUAGAAUGGAUUCGGAGUUGAUGGAGUUAGACAAGAACCCAGAAGCGAAUCACGAUGCGAUCAAGAAGCGAGAGAAUGCGUUGUUGCCGAUGUACACGCAAGUCGCGCACGAGUUUGCGGAUUUACACGAUCGAUCGGGGAGAAUGUUCGCCAAGGGCGUCAUCAACGGCGUCGUCCAGUGGCCAAAAGCCAGAGAAUACUUCUACAACCGAUUACAGCGACGAUUAUCCAUCGAUGCGCUCAUCGAUUCGUGCGAGGACAAAUUAGGCAGCAGCGUCAAAAUGGCUCGAUCGGUUUCUGAAAUCGUCAAAGACGCCAUCGUCGUCGCCGGCGGGUGCGCGUGGGACGACGACGUGAAAGUCAAAUCUUACGUGGACUCCAACGGAGAUAAAAUCGUUUCUGCCGUCAUGCAAGAAGCGAGAACGGCCAAGGUUGCGGCCAUGUUAUCUGAAAUCAAAGCUUUGGACGCUGAAACCGUCGCCGCGGUAAAGAACGGUUUGUAG